CGUUGAUCACCUUGUCUACUUCAACUAUCGACAACCUCCGCGCCGGAUCCGAUUCCGUUGCUGCCUCUGGUUUCUGGCAUAUCGUGGCAUGUACGGAAUGCCACCUCUCAACGGCGUCCCGUCGUGACUGCUUCCCUACAUCUCUCCAGCCCGCUGUUCAUGGACGGAGCUCUCGAAGCUAUAUCGGCCAAUCCUUGGGGCGAAUAUCUCUAUCCCCUGUCAGUACCACCUCUCGCUCUAGCUACUGGGAAGGAUAGAGACGCAUUAUGACCGCCGUCAUGCCGGACAUGCAAACGGCCGGGAUAAUGUCCAGUACCCCCGCUGUCGCGACUUCAUCCGUCAUCGCUCAGCUCAACGCCUCAGCAAAUGCAACAGUUCCUUCCUCCUUCCUGUCGAUUUCUCCUCGGGACUUACUGAAGCUCCCACUCCGUGCUAUCUAUCAGGCGGAGGUAUUCACAUUUGUGACGGUGCCAAGGGAGGUUGGCCGGUUCAUCGGCCUGGAUAACAUGGCUGCGAACUUGUGGGAUAGCCCAGUGCCGAUGGGCGGGGAGAGGAAUGCCAUUCCACCGGCGGCUGCAGCAACUGCAGCGGCCGCGGUAGGAGACGCAGCUGAGGCGGGUGCCCGUGAUGCUGGGCUGAACCUGACGGAACUGUUUCAUGCGAUGAGAAGGUUCAGUGGGUUCUUUAGUUAUAUGACAAGUCGAUGGUCUUUGGCUUGCUUCACUGUGGCUUUGGUUCUCAACCGAGUUACGAUAUAUGCAUCGACUAGGAGGCACCUCUCCUUGAGAUGGGAUAAGCGAUUAGCGUUGCGGUUAAUACCUAUCCUUCUCUUCAUAAGUCAGAUCACGGUUCUUCUUCGAGCCAUUCGCUGCCAGACUUCGCCGGACUACUCUGAUCUCCGAUAUGGCAAGCCGGGGAAACGAUUGGCAUUGGACUAUGCCGGAAAUGGUGGCUUUCUCUAUAAUUUGAGCACGACACUGUUGUUCUGGGAAACAGAUCAGCAGUCUUGCAGUGCAGUUAACAUGGGACGACCUACGAGUGACUCGGAUAUUCCAUAUGGAUCAUUCGCCCUUCUGUGGCCGGUAUUUCUACGCUUAUGCUUGAGUCAUUUCGUCGAAACGCUGUCUUGCGCAUUGCAGGGCAGGACGGUCGUGACUGAAGCCGGGAUGUCCAUAUUCGAGCACUCUCUUGCUUUUGCUGAAGCUGAAACUAUGAUAAGCCAGUCCAUCGGGCUCGGCUUGUUUGGUCUACCGAAAUCGAGUGCAAAAGAUGAAACCCCUUUGACGCCUGACGGGUCUUCUUCUUCUGUGCAUCUCCUGACGAGAGCCCAAGUUCUCGAGCGGAUGAAUGUGACGCCAGAACUACUUCUCAUUGCGCUCAUUUCCUGCUGCAACAGCAUGACUUCUAAUAUUCUAGAUAUCUUUGGGAAACAGAGCCGUUAUCGUCUCGUCAAUACCACAAUCUGGGGCCUCUGUUUUAUGGGAGCCAUGGUCUGGGGCUUCAUGGAUUCGACUUCGUUGGGCAGUGAAACUGGUGUUCUCAAAUUCCCCACCGUCUGCAUCGUUGGGUUCGUGCCUCAUUUGCUGAUUCUAAUGGGUAUUUUGAUCUGUAUCGGCAUUUACGGACUAGCAGUGACAAUCACCGCCUUCUGUCUACCCGCGGAUCUUUCCCAGCCAUCAUCACUUCGUGAGAGAUUUGCUCUCGCUCAUGAGAAUAUGCAGGGAGGGAACCAGAUUUGGAACGUUCGACUUAAUAGACAUGAAGAUUUCUACACAACGCUUCUCAGAGUUGGAUAUGCCGCUUUGACCGCUGCCAGCGAAGCAGUAUUCUUAAACGAAGGAAAGAGUGUGCUCGCACGACCCAUGACAUGGUUAGAAGAAGACAGGCUCGCCGAACUCGAGACCUCAAGGCGGAGACCGUCUCGUCUGGGUGUCAGAGCCGAGACUCGUGAGGUUCCUUUUGAAUCUGCAGAAACCUUCGAGUUCAAACUUCCAGAAGCCCCGGCACAAUGGGAAACUGGAUAUGGACGCGAAAAGAAAAUAGAGAAGCAAGCAAACGGAUCUCGGCCCGUACGCUCUCAAUCGAGUCUGGGUGGAGUAGGUGCUUUUCAAGGUGUCACCAGAGGCUAUCACGUACUGUCUUUCUUCAGAAGUAUAUUUUACCUUGUCGUGAGGUGGGUUACAUAUGGCUUUAGCAAGCUAUUGGAUCGUAUAGGGAUUAGUGCUCGCCCACAAUGGCUCAAAAAACUGAUCGGUACCCCCCGGAAAAGCACGCAUCUACGACGUACAGAUCAACAGGCCUCGCUUGAUUUCUGGAUCUUGACCGAUGAGGGAGAACUGGAGUUGCCUGAGGACAACGAGUUUGACGUGGAAAAAGAGAUGAGGAAGAGGGAAAUCAUGAGUAGGAACCAGUGGGACGACUCAGACGAAACAAGGCUCGAAAACAAGCUCUACAACUGGUGGAAAGCUGGUGGAUCAUGGGGAAACCAGGACCAGAGUCCUGAUUAUGCGCCUACGGACGAUGAUCUAGAUGAUACAACGAGUGUGAUCUCCACAACUACCACAGACUCCGAAUGGGAAGACUACGAGUCCGACGGUCGCCGUACGCCCACACAGAGGAACCCUUUCCCUAAUACCUUCUCUCGCGAAGGAACCCCGGUAAAGGAGACUCUCCUGGACACCGCAUCUCUUGCCCGGUUGCUUGACCCUAGAGAUAGGGAAAGCAAAGAAGAGGCUCGAAUCCUAGCAGCUCAUCUAGCCGGAGGAGAACAAGGUGGCAUAAUGACCCGUAGUCGCUUCCAACGACAGCUGGAGCGAGAACGAACCCGUGUCCUUCUGUCGUCGCGAUAUCGCAGCGAACUAAGUGGCCAAUCAGGCGGCGAGGGGAAGAAGCGACCAACUCCUGAAGAGGAGGUCGAGAUCCUCGAGAACCUCAUCCUAUCCCGGCGGCAAAAUACUUCCAAUGCAGGUUCUGAGCAAGCUUCCUGGGAAAACGGCGCUUCCGGUCUUGGCCCUGAUGGGCCACAAUGUGUCAUCUGUCAGACGAACCCAAGAUCCAUCAUUACGUGGCCAUGUCGAUGCCUAUGUGUCUGCGAGGAGUGUCGAGUCAGUCUUGCCAUGAACAACUUUGGUAGCUGCGUCACAUGUCGUCAGGAAGUCACUGGUUUUGUCCGACUAUGGGUGCCUUGAUUUCCGUACUUCGGACAGAAAAUGAAUCCCCCAGCAUCCACAUCCUACCGGUUAUACUUCCAUCAGGAGAUAAUCUCCCAUCUUCAUCCUUCAUAGGCGUCUCCCAUGUGUGCAUUGUUUCAUCAUCAAAGCGAUUGGCGGGACAAGUUGUUGUCCAUAGGUAUACGAUACAGAGCAGUCAGACAGGUCCUGCUGCUACCUACUUGUGUUCUCUGUCACUUCAAUUCUUGUGUUAAAUAGGUCGUAUCAAACUCUUGUAUGGGUAUAUUUAGUUCCAUUUCACCUUUUUGAUGAACAUAUAAAACGCUCGACUUCUUCUUUAGUAGUAGCCUUUUAAUGGUAAAAAUGACCUUUUUAUCAGAUGCGGG